AUAAAUUGUGCAAACCUAUAAAGAAACCUCUCCUAUUUCUAUAAAAUAUCUUAUGACUUAUUUUUUAAUCGUGAAGGGAGGCAAAGAUGGUAAUCCACCAAACAUGACAACUAUUUUCUUUGAGACACGUAAGAAGGGAAAUGAGCUUGUCGAACCUGAAACCGUUGAAAAAUAUGCUGAAAUUCACGAGCUUGUACAAUCUGAACCAUCUCUUACUAAUAUUGAGGUAGUGGAAAGGUGCUUUGGACCUCAAUGCAAAAGUCACGUAGUUGGAUUUGGUGGUGGAAUAACAACUAAGGAGUUAAAAGGCGGUACCACCUCAAAGGCUGCAUUGUGGGAAGAGCUGAAAACAACUCAAAAAGAAAAGGAAUCACUACAAAAAUGCAUGGAUAUUCUAGAGAGUAAAUAUGAACACCUUGAAAAUAUAGUGAUACGUCAGUCUUCAUCAGUUCCAUCAAUUCCAUCAGUUGUGCUAUGA